UUAACGUCGUUCUUCUGCAGCAAUCUCCGUUAACUGCUUCGGAGGCUCUCUCCUAUUUAACUCCGUCUUUUUUAACAACCUCCGUUACUUUGUUUCUGUCUCUGCCUUCCUAUCUCUCAAAAUGGAGGAUCGAAUGAAUGUGCAAGCCUCUGUUUUGGGUGGAUUUGAAGCCUCUCCUUUUAGGUCAGUGACAUACCAAUGAUAUUGAUGCCAUCAUUUGCUGCUCUCUGGAUUCACUAAUGAGUAUUUGUCGAUUAUUGUGGGGUGAAGUUUUGAGCCUUUAAAAAUGAAGAGGCUUAUGAGUUGCUUGUUUGGUUUUGUUGAUUGAUUGGGGGCUUUUCUGAUUUUUGUGGGUUUCUAUUUGAUUCAUGAUGCUGUUGAUGAGCUUCUAGUGACUGUGGUGGGGCUUCAAGUCACAAACCAGAAGCAAGAAGAAUAAUAGAGGAGGAACAGAAAAAAAAUAUGGGGGAAGCACUCCUCACAUCCUUGUCAAUGGAGAACUAUCAUCCAUCUACACUUUUGUCCAUGGAUUCAGGUUCUCUAACACAUGAUGAAUUGGAUAGAGAGAUGAAUCGAUCAGUCAUUCUUUCACGGCCCCCUGAUAUCAAUCUCCCAUUGUCAUCUGAGCCAAGCCCACCUCCUUCCCUGGCAUGGAAUGAACCAUGUGACAUCUUAGAUGUUGGUCUUGCACCUCAAACUUAUGAGGUUGAGACAUUCGUUAAUGUCCCAAAAGCAGCAAAGAAAUGCACAAAACGGCUUGAUAGCAUUUGGGGUGCCUGGUUUUUCUUCAGUUUCUAUUUCAAGCCUGUUCUGCAUGAGAAAUCAAAGAGCAAGGUAAUUAGGGACAAUAAUGGUGUGUCUGGGUAUGAGAAAUCAGAUUUGCAGCUUGAUGCUUUCUUGGUUCAGCAUGACAUGGAGAACAUGUAUAUGUGGGUUUUCAAGGAAAGGCCUGAAAAUGCCUUGGGUAAGAUGCAGUUGAGGAGUUACAUGAAUGGGCACUCUCGUCAAGGGGAGCGCCCAUUUCCAUUCAUUGUUGAUAAGGGUUUUGUUCGGUCUCACAGGAUGCAGAGGAAGCAUUACAGGGGUCUCUCUAAUCCUCAAUGUAUUCAUGGUAUAGAAAUUGUGAGGUCACCCAAUCUCAUGAAUCUUGACGAAGAAGAGAGGAAGAGGUGGGUGGAUCUUACAGGCCGAGACAUAAAUUUCACAAUUCCUCCUGAAGCAAGUGAUUUUGUUUCGUGGAGGAACCUUCCAAACACAGACUUUGAGCUUGAGCGCCCCCUUCAUCCAUUAAAGAGUAAUGGAAAUUCUCACCCAAGAAAAUUGCUUAAUGGUACUGGUUUAAAUCUGUCUACUCAGUCAUCAGACCAUAGCAAUGGUGAUAGCAUGGACCUUUCACCUGUCUGCCACAAGCGGAAAAAAGAUUAUUUGCCACGUGGAAAUCAUGAUGAAUGUUUGGGUAACAAUUCACAUGGUGACAGAGUUGACAUGAAUAUCCAUCCAGUUGAGCCAGCAUGGACAAAUGAAUUCAGCGGGGUAAUGAAGAAUGUAUAUGGGCCUGUUACAGCAGCAAAAACAAUAUAUGAAGAUGAUGAAGCAUUCUUAAUCAUCAUCAGCCUGCCCUUUGCAGAUCUUCAAAGGGUGAAAGUCACUUGGAGGAACACUAAUUUACAAGGAAUUGUGAAGAUAUCUUGUGUAAGUACAGCAUGCAUGCCAUUUAUUAAGAGACAUGAUAGGACAUUUAAGCUAACGGAUCCAACACCAGAGCACUGCCCUCCAGGGGAAUUUAUUAGGGAAAUUCCCCUUCCAAACCGCAUUCCUGAAGAUGCUGAACUGGAAGCAUACCGCGAUGAGACAGGCACAAUGCUUGAAAUUAUUGUCCCCAAAUAUCGUGUAGGACCAGAAGAACAUGAAGUCCGUGUAUGCCUUCGCCCCCUCCUCGGAGGGAAUGGGCAUUUGUCGACCUGAAAGGGUAAUUUAUUUGAAGAUGUAAGGACGGUUAGAGUGGUUAGUGUUUCAUUGUUUACUAACCUCAUUCCAUAAAGGAAAUCUAUGAAAUGAUGAUAUUUGCAUUUUUUUUUUGGAUUA